AUGGAUGGAAAUUUUAAUAAUAUAGAAUAUCCUUUAUAUCUAACACAAGCAAAUCAGGUAGAUCAAAAUGAUAUAAAUAAGCAGAUGUAUGAUUAUUAUUAUUAUAAUAAUCUAGAAGGUAUAAAUAACAGGAGAACAUAUAAUAUGACUAACGAAAAAAAUUUUGAGUAUAAAAAUAAUGAAGACUAUUAUAAUUAUAAUUGUUCUUAUAACUUGAAUAACAAGAAUAAUAUUCUUUAUGACUCUUCAGGAAAUUAUAUGAUAAAUUAUAAUUAUUAUGAUCCAUCUUACUAUCAUAUGAAUAAUUCAGUACAUACAAUAAGCAACACAGUUAAUCAUAUGGAUAAUACAAUGAAUACGAUUAAUAAUUCAUUAAAUGAAUUUUCUAAUAAAGCCGAAGAAAAUCAUAAGUAUCAUUUUAAUAAUUCAGAUCCCAACUGUAAACUUUGUAACACAUAUAAAAUGAGUGGAAACAUAGCAUCAAAUAGUUCUUAUCCAUCAACAGUAAAUCAUAAUAAUGAAGAAAAAAAAAAUUGUUUAGAAAUGACUAAUACAACAACUUACAACGUUAAUACAUUAUUAAGAAAUAAUAUUUUAUCAUCAGAGUAUUUUAAAUCUUUAAGUAUACUUAAAACAUAUAAAGAAGUAGUAGACGAAAUCCAUGCAUAUGCUGAUCACGUUGAACCAUAUUGUAUAGGCAGUACUCGAGCUCCUUCAACUCUUUUUUGCUGCCUUUAUAAGCUUUUUACAAUGCAUUUAUCAGAAAAACAACUCAAAGGAUUAAUAGAUCAUAAAGAUUCCUGCUAUAUAAGAGCGUGUGGUUUUUUAUACUUAAGAUAUGCCCAUUCACCUGCUAAUUUAUGGCAAUGGUUUGAAUCGUAUUUAUUAGAUGAAGAAGAAUUUACAAUCUCCUCAGAUAAAAGAAAAAAAUCAACAAUAGGAGAAUAUGUUCAAAGCUUGUUGUCUGAUGAUAAAUAUUUUAAUACAGUAUUACCAAGAUUACCUAUAAAAAUUAAAAAUAUAUAUGGAGCUCGUUUAAUGCUUAUAAAUGAUCAUAGAAGACGAUUAAAAAAGAAUAAAGAAAAAAUAUCAAAAUUCGUAAAAGGAGAACCUGCUAUAGCUUAUGUAAAUGGUGAAUGGGAAAAAGGAGAAAUAGGGGGCAUAGUAAAUCAUGGAAAAGAUAAAAUUUUCGUGAGAAUAAGAAAAAUUGAUGGAAAUGAAAAAUUGGUUAAUAUAGGUUAUGUUAAAUUGGAUAUUAAAGAUUCUAAAAAAGAGAAAGAUAUAGACAAAAACAAUAGUACUGAAAGAAGCAGAAGUAGAAAUAGAAGAAGAGUUAGUAGAAGCGGAAGUAGAAGAAGAAGGAGAAGAAGUAGGAGUAGAAGAAGAAGUAGUAGAGGGGAUAGAAGUAGGAGCAGAAGUAGAAGAAGAAGUAGUAGAGAUAGAAGUAGAAGUAGAGGAAGAAGAAGAAAAAGGGCAAAUGAAGAAGAAAAAUAUUCUUCUCAUAAUAUAUUACAUGCUUCACAUCGUGAUAGAUCAAUUAAUAAACAUAAUAAGAGAUCACAUGAAAAGUCACAUAAAAGAAGAGAUAGAUCUACAUCCAAAUCUAAUUCAAUGAAAAGAAAACAUAAGAAAGAAAAAUACGAAAAUACAGAAGAUGAAUUAAUUAACAAAUUUAGAAAAAUGGAAAGUCAAAAAGCACUUGCAACCGGAAAAGAUUAUGCAAGAAGACCUACUUCAUAUAAAUCGUCUCUAUCACUAAAAGUGGAAAAUAUAUCAACUAGAAAAAAAUCCAGAUCAUUAUCUCCCAGAAGAAUAAAUAGAACAGUACAAAUUAUACAAAAAGAUGCAAAAAAUAAUGAAAAUACAAUUGCAGAAAAUUCAAAACUAAAAGAAUUAAUGCAAAAAUAUAAUAAAGAGGAAAAUGAUAUGAAAAAAAAAAUGAACACUGAAGAUUUAGAAGAAAUGGAUAUUAUGAAAUUAGGAUAA